GGUUCUUGUGGCAGGAGGAGAAUACUGACCUGAGAUGGAAGUCAAAACAUCGCUUAGCAAAGCCAGUAGGAUUCCUGAAACCGUAUCCACGUUAAUUAAUGAAGAGUUUGUCCUCGUUCAUCAGCAAUCUGAGGACACCUCUGGAAAAGAUGAAAAACCUCAGCUAAAGGUCUUUUCAAAUGGAGAUGAUCAGCUGGAGAAGGCAAUGGAAGAGAUACUGAGGGAUUCUGAAAAAGACCAGAACAAUUGCACUGCUCUCCCAGAAGGUUCCAGUGAUGCAAGCAGCCAGGCAGCUGGAGAUGGGUCAGCGGGUCAAACGCAUCAGCCAUCAUUGCACCUUGUUUUAGACCCUUCUACUACAGAAAUCUCUGCACCAAGGCCAUCUUCUCCCAGUGAACCCCUGGAAGAGGACAGCGUGUUGUUCAACAAAUUGACUUAUUUAGGUUGCACAAAGGUGUCUGCCCCUCGAAAUGAACUGGAAGCUCUGCAGGCCAUGGCAAACAUGAAAUUGUCCAGUCAGGCCCCUUCACCUGUAACGCUUUAUGUUCCCAACAUUCCAGAAGGCUCUGUAAGAAUAAUAGAUCAAGCAAGCAAUGUGGAGAUAGCCUCUUUUCCAAUCUAUAAGGUGUUGUUUUGUGUGCGUGGACAAAAUGGGACUUCAGAGAGCGACUGUUUUGCGUUUACUGAAAGCAGCUGUGGAACAGAAGAGUUCCAGAUUCAUGUUUUCUCCUGUGAGAUUAAAGAGGCAGUCAGCCGAAUUUUAUAUAGUUUCUCAACAGCAUUCAAACGUUCUUCCAAACAAGCAUCUGAUCAUGUUAAGGACUUUGUUCUUCCUACUCCAGAUAGUGAUGUGUACACUUUCAGUGUUUCCUUAGAAGUCAAAGAAGAUGAUGGAAAAGGAAACUUUAGCCCUGUGCCAAAGGAUAGAGAGAAAUUAUACUUCAAGCUUAAACAGGGAAUUGAGAAGAAAGUGGUGAUUACAGUUCAGCAACUCUCAAACAAAGAACUGGCCAUUGAAAGGUGCUUUGGGAUGCUACUAAGCCCCGGACGAAAUGUGAAGAACAGUGACAUGCAUUUACUAGACAUGGAAUCUAUGGGCAAGAGUUCUGAUGGGAAAGCUUAUGUAAUUACUGGAAUGUGGAAUCCUAAUGCACCCAUGUUUCUAGUACUUAAUGAGGAAACUCCUAAAGAUAAGCGUGUGUUCAUGACUGUGGCAGUGGAUAUGGUUGUUACUGAAAUAGUAGAGCCAGUCCGGUUUUUGCUGGAGACUGUUGUGCGUGUGUAUCCUGCCAAUGAACGCUUCUGGUACUUCAGCAGAAAAGCCUUCACCGAAACUUUUUAUAUGAAACUAAAACAGUCUGAAGGAAAAAGCCACUUAAGUGCUGGGGAUGCAAUUUAUGAAGUUGUCAGUCUACAAAGAGAGUCUGCAAGAGAGGAAGAAUUGGUCAGCCCAACAAGUGGAGGGCCUGUGUCUUCCCAGGAGGAUGAGGCAGAAGAAGAGAGUGAUAAUGAGGACUCCAGUGGCACUGGUGAUGUGUCAAAGGAUUGUCCUGAGAAGAUUUUGUAUUCCUGGGGAGAAUUACUGGGGAGAUGGCACAACAAUCUUGUUGUGAGACCAAAUGGAUUAUCUACCCUGGUGAAAAGUGGGGUUCCAGAAGCACUAAGGGCAGAGGUUUGGCAGUUGCUGGCAGGAUGCCAUGACAACCAGGCAAUGCUGGAUAAAUAUAGAGUUCUCAUCACAAUGGUUUGCCGUUGUGACAUUCCGAAGUAUGGUGCUGAGGUGGAGAAGGAUUUGGAGGCGCAUGGAGCAUUGGUCAUACGGCAGUUGAUGGAUGUGUGGCGUUGGCAUUGA